AUGACAACAGCAAAUGAUCGUGCUGUUCUCAAUCAUAUUCUGAACCCACUGAUGCCUACAACAGAUGUGUCCAAUUUGGAAGCUCCAAUCACUGCUGAUGGUAUUGAGGAAUCUCGAGCAUUGGAAAAAGAAGGAGUACUGUCUGCUGAGAAGGGCAAUGUUCCUGAAUCUAUUGAAAAAUUUAACAAAGCCAUCGAAAUAUGUCCUGUUAAUCCAUCUGCGUACAAUAAUCGAGCGCAAGCAUUACGGCUAUUGGGCAAAACUGAUGAAGCCGUAGCUGAUUUAAAUCAAGCUAUUUCCCUGAGUAAAGGUGUAGGAAGGAGCGCUUGUCAAGCAUUCGUUCAACGAGCCAUGAUUCAUCGACUGCACGGCGAUGACGACUCAGCCAGGGCCGAUUUCCAAAAAGCUGCUGACCUCGGUUCAUCAUUCGCCAAGAUGCAACUGGUUGCCCUCAAUCCGUACGCGGCUAUGUGUAACAAGAUGCUCAGCGAAGUGUUCAGUAAUCUCAAACAAGGAAAAACUGAAUAG